AUACCCUUUUUAUCAUCAUAUAUUUAAAUCACUUCUGAUGCCCAAAAUUACCUUUGAUUCUGAUGAAGAGUUUAGUUUUGAAGAAAAAGAUAUCAAGUCUGUCGACACUCAUGUAGACUUCCAGGAAGAUUCUGAUUCUGACGAUGAUGCCGCUCCUGAAGCUGUAUCGAUUAGUUUAUCCCGAUCCAAAGCACAAAAUGAAGCCAAAGCUCAAAAGGAAGCAGCUCUAAAACAAGCAAAGAUCGAAAAGGAAAAAAGACGACAACGGGAUCUUUUGUUAAAGGAACAAAAGCAGACUAGUAAACGAGGAAAGAAAUUGGAACAGCAGAAGUUAAUGGAAGAACAAUUAAAACAACACAGCGAUGAGGAAGAACAAGAUCAUAGCAGCAGUGACAGUGACGAACAAGACAGCAAACGAUUACCACAAGAAGUUCUUGAUGCGCUGAACGAUGAAGAAGAUAACGAAACAACUGGCAACAAACGAACGCAUUUGACUAUGGCUGACUUUGAACAGAUGGAAGCUGAAGAACAGGAAAGACUCGAACGCAAAUUAAAAGCACAACGCGCAAAACAAAAAAAGGCGGCACAAGGACGUAUGGUGGGCGAAUAUACUGUCAAGGUUCUUAACAAUCGACCCAAAGUGGCAAAGGCAAAUGCUCAGCUUCAAAGUGUUCGAAAUCAAAAGCUUCAACGGAAAUCAGUACAACGGACAAAUGCUGUUAUUGAAGGUAGUGCUAACUUGAGUGGAGGUGCUUUGAUCUUCCGUCGUGCAGAACCUACACCCAAGAAAAACAAGAAAUAGGUGAUUCAUUGAUUGAUUUGGAUCUUUUUUUUUUUUGUCACUUUUGAUGAUUAGUUUUUGUUUUGUAGUCUAGUUUUAUUCUUUUAUUAUUAUUUGUCUCCCAAGUAUUUCCUUUCUACUUAUCAUCAUCAUCUCUCUCUAUGUCCUUUUUUUUUUU